AAUCGAGGAAGUGAGGGUAUUGCAGCUGAUUGUACGGAGGAAUACAUCCGGAAGAAUAGAAUGCAUGUAAGCAACGGUUUGAAAGGAGCACAGCGAUUGCAUACACAGAUGGAGAGGUGUUGGCGCCUCCAGCAUCUUUUUAGGAGCCGUGACGGCCUCCGUUUCGCGUUAUAAGUAUAGACCCCUUCUUGUACGCGAGGCUUCCUAGCGCAGAACAGACAACAUGGAACGUGCCUUUUCUGGUCUGUCAAAACUAGCAUCUAGGAAGAGUACAAAGGACUUUGCACAGCUUGCUGGUGGAAACAAUUGGCCUACAGAAGCCAGCGCUUACCAAAUCCUCGACGACUGUGGUCGCGGCGUCAGCGCCACCGUACAUCGUGCAAAAUGUCUGACAAACAACGAGACGGUGGCGGUGAAGCUGAUGAACUUGGAGAGCAUGAACUGCGACCUGGAUGAGAUCAUUCACGAGGCACAGACUAUGCGUAUGUACAACCACCCCAACAUCCUGCCUCUCUACUGCUCCUUCGUCCAUGGCCAAGAGCUCUGGAUGGUUAUGCCGUUCGUGUCUGGGGGUUCAGUAUUGCACAUCAUGAAGUACGCACACCCGGAGGGCCUGGACGAGGUAAUCAUCGCGACUAUUGGCCGCGAGGUGCUUAAGGGGCUCGACUACGUGCAUAAGAACGGCAGCAUCCACCGUGACGUCAAGGCGGGUAACAUCUUGGUUGACGGUGACGGGAACGUUAAGCUUGGCGACUUCGGCGUGGCAGCCAGCUUGGAGCGUGGAGGGUCGUGGGGCCACGACAAGCAGGCUCGCAUGACGUUCGUGGGAACGCCAUGCUGGAUGGCCCCGGAGGUCAUGGAGCAGACGAUGGGGUAUGAUGUCUCGGCGGACAUUUGGUCGUUCGGUAUCACGCUGUUGGAGAUGGCUCACGGGCACGCGCCCUUCGCGAAGUUCCCGCCGAUGAAGGUGCUGCUCAUGACGUUGCAAAACCCGGCGCCAACUCUGGAGGAUAAGGGCAAGAAACACUUUUCAAAGGCCCUGAAGGACCUCGUGACGCGGUGCCUGCAAAAGGAGAAGGAAAAGCGGCCGUCGGCGGCGCAGCUGCUUGAGCACAAGUUCUUCAAGAUCGCUCGGGACUCCAAGUUCUUGAAGGAAGUCCUGGUGGGCGGGCUGCCGGCGCUGUCGGACCGUGUGAACCUGAUUCGCAUCGGGCAGGCGGCGACCAACAAGCAGGACAAUGACCGCAACCUGGAGAAGUCGCAGGAGGAGUACCGGAAGGGCGUCAGCUCGUGGAACUUUGACCUGGCAGCGCUGAAGGCGCAGGCGGCUCUGGAGCCCGAUGACGAGUCGACCCACGGCGCCAAUAUGCUGCCCACCAUCUCGGAGAGCGAUGAGCGGGAGGACACGCUGACGGGGGCCUCGGCGUCGGCAGCAGCGCAAUUCGUGGCGGCACAGUGGAACUUGCCUGCCCCGGCGGUGGAGGCAUCUGGGUCACGACCCUACAUGUCGGCAUUUGCGACGGCGUCCGGACAAGACCCCACUGCCAAGACCCAGACCGUGUUGCCGCUGUCUGGAGCACUCGGCCCGUCGUCAUCUGAAGUGUCCUCUGUGGCGUCGUUACGGCCAGUAGCAUCUGGCGAUCAGCAGGGAGCAGCUGUGGAGCGCUGCAACACGCCCAGCGGGGAGGCGCCGCCGCAGUCCCCGGGUGGCGGUGGCAUCAGCCCAGCGGCGGGCUUGAGUCGCGAGGGGAGCGUCGUCAACAUUGUGGGGAUAGCUACCACUCCCACUGCCGUAACAAAGCAAAAGAAGGGGCGCUUCGAGGUCAGCGAGCACGCCGUGCCCGCCCCAGCGCCGCCGCCGCCUGCCCCCAUGCACCAUGCCGCGACCGUGCCGCUGCUCCACAGCAGCAGCAGCGCGUCCGGCAUGGCCGGCGGCGGGCCGUCCAUAUCGGGUGGCAACGUGCCCGACUUGUCGGCACUGCGGCCCUCCGACCUAGCCGCGCUUAGGACCUCGACCACGGGGCUGUUAGAGAUCCCCGACGCGCGGGACGAUGGGGUGCCAUCUCUGAUGACGGAGGUGGAGGCGUCGGUAACCAGCGUCGAGCCAAAGCAGCGCGGGCGGUUCAAGAUUGUGGCGGAGCAGGGGACAUCCGAUUCACGGCCGCUGUCCAAAGCGCCGUCCAUGGCGAACCUCAACAACAACAGCCAGCCCCUCCCGGAGGUCAAGGACAGCAAACCUCGCCUUGAGGCCGGCGGCAGCCUCAUGGGCAAGCCGCCCACUGCCCCCUCGUCCAUCGUCACACCGGUCACUGUGGUGCUGCCGAAGCUGCAGGAGCUGCUGGACCACGCAGCGGCCCACCAGGCCGCGUUGCAGAAGCUCAUUGGGGCUGUGCAAGAGUGCGACAAGGGGCGGGUGCCGAUGCUGCUGUCGCGGUCGCAGUCCACAAAGUCGUUGUUUGACAGCAAGGACUUGACGCCGCCGGUGGAGAGCAUGGAGGAGCUGCGGCUGCAGGUGCUGGAUCUCAAAUCCAAGGUGUCCUCGCUGGAGGAGGAGAACACGCGCCUGCGGGAGCGCAACAAGGUGCUUGAGACGCUGCACUGCGCCGCACACACGGUACGCUUCAGCGUGACGGAGACAGGCAGCGGCAGCCCCAAGGUCGGCACGGAAGCGGUGCCGUCGCCGGGGCACAACGGGGUGUAAGCAUACGGGCAUUGGGUAUUGCAGCGAGCUUCGCAUAAUAUAACUGUUUCCUGGCCGGGUCGUUUACUAAUUAGGAGGGCUGGAGGGUGUUUACAUGAUCGAGCGCACUCGGUGUACAGUAUCGGCUGUCUGGUGUGCAGCAACUGUGCAACGUGAUUCGUUAGGUAUGCUACUCACAACAUGUGGUGGAAGGUCUCUCGUGCGGAAUUUACUAGGCGGGCUGGGGCGGGCGUUCGUCUUGGUCCGCUGGGAUAUUGCAACCAGUCCAGGAACGCGCUGGCGUGAACAGGGCUAGCGCUCGUGAC